AUAGUACAAAAUGGACAGAUUCUACAACAAAGAUGAUGCGAAAAACAUAAUAGAAUUGCUGACACAAGAGAGAGUCGAAAAAGACAGGAUGCACCUAUCGAGAGUACUGAAGGACAAUGAAUUCGUUAAGUCGGCAUCCAUCAAGAGAGACAACGAGGCGGGGGUAUGGAGGAUCAUCAAGCAGUCCGAAGACGAAGGAAUGAUGGAAGAAAUGGUAUUCACUAUCACAGGGGCCAUAUACGCGAUGGACCUGCCGCCGGUGGCAAAGGAGAUGAGGGCACAGAAGGAGAAGGUCGGGUUCUUGAUCAUGGGCGAACGAGAGUUCAGAGAUGGAGAGCUCAAACACUGGAAGCCAAUGUCAAUGAAAGGAUUGGACGUUAUAGAGUUGUCUAACCGAUACUUUAGACUGCGCAACUCCACGAACGAUGAGGAAGGCAUACCUUUUUCAAACGACGUUGAUCCUGCAGGUAUACUUGCCAAGAUAGUGCAGCGAAAAUGGAUUCACACUGAAGACAACGAGGUACGAUACUACAGAGGAGUGAUGGACGAAAGAGGGAAAAAGAGGCAAGCGUUCUUUGAAUUCGUGUCAUCUUUAUACGUGUCAGCGAAGUUGCAGAUAUUCCGAGUAGGAGACAUAGUGGAAGCGCAAUGCUCGAUGGUGUUCUUGAGGACAAACGAGGGUACAGCGAGGAUGAAGAUGAUACUGAGGGCAUUGGCCCUUGUCAAUAGCGACAACUCGACGAAAGCAACUGUGGAAUGCAGAAACGCGAUGAACACGCAAUCAGAGAUGGUCAUAAGGAUAAAGCAGAAGAUUGGAUUCAAAGAGGAGGAGGAAGAUGUUGGUGUGAGGGCCAAAAAGACAAACAGAUCGGAUGAUUAUGAGAGAGAUAAGAAGAUGAUGGAACUGUAAAGUAGCGCAGAGAGAACUGUUUGAUAAAUCAACGAAAGAUAAGAGAAACCAAUACUAGAUACUUACGCUGAAUACAACGAUGACCGAGAUAACCCGGAAUGAUGAUCACGAACAAUUUUUUUGUAUAAAAGAAAAGAAAAUAACACAACGAACACAACGAGAGGAAUAGAGAAGAAAAAGAGGAGUAGAAAAGGAACACAAGAUGAACGAUAAAGCGAUGUAGCGAGAGGGAAGAUGCCAGGACAGAGAAAGCCGACCAUGAAUAGUUUCCCAUGAAAGUCUAGAGGGCACGGAAAUGAGGCAAGUCAGCAAAUGCCGUGAUGGAUUGAUUCCACAAAUAGAAUUUUCCCAUGGGGUUUAGCACCUGGAUAAUAACCGAGUAU